AUGAAUUUGAGAUUCGAAUUGACACGGUUUUUGAACUUGUGCUUUGCGCUUUCAAGCGCGUUUACGUUUUGGAAAGGUCUUUCGAUUGUGACUGGGUCACAUUCGCCGAUCGUGGUUGUGCUAUCGGGGUCGAUGGAACCGGCGUUCCAACGUGGUGACAUUUUGUUUUUAUGGAAUCGAAACGAACACAAUCGGGUUGGUGAUGUGGUGGUGUAUGAAGUGGACGGGAAACAGGUGCCGAUCGUACACCGAGUGUUGCGCACGCAUACGGAGAUACAGGGCAAAACAAGUUCACCGGGGCGACAGUUAUUGUUGACCAAAGGUGACAAUAACGCGGGUAACGACAUUCCAUUGUACGCCAAAAAACGUACCUAUCUGCAGAAGGACCGGGACAUCGUCGGGACGGUGCUCGGGUACGUGCCGAGACUUGGAUACGUGACGAUUUGGAUUUCGGAAAAUCGGUACGCCAAAGCCGCAUUGAUGGGCGCGAUCGCAUUAAGCGCGCUGUUGAGCAAUGAGUGA